AUGCAUGAAACCGCGCCAACCCACCCAAUCAGUGCCCAAAGAGCGCUGCACAACGACCAAGACAACCUACAAUUCAGCAAUUCAGCAAAAAGCAAGCCAGCACAAAGCAAGAGUGGAACAAUGGAGGAUCAUCAGUGA